UUCCAGUCUUUGCCGAGCACUUCAAACGCGAGGACAUUUGAAAACUAGUCGUUGACUUGUAGUGCUCUAGAUAACAUUUCAUAAGUAUUCAGUUAAGUACGUUGAACUAAGUCACACCGUCAGACAUGGCAGAAUCGAUUUUUUUCUCUUACGAGGAAGCAAAGAAAAAGAAUCCUGAAUUGAAAGAAUCGGAUAUUCAAUCGUUACGGGAAUGGUGCGCGAAACAACCAUUUUUACCAAAAAUUACUGACAGCGAAUUGGCUUUAUUUCUGCACAGCAAUUAUUACUUGAUGGAGCCAACCAAAAAUACAAUUGAUACGUUUUAUACCGUCAGAACCCACGUACCUGAAUUUUUUUCAAAUAGAGAUCCGAUCAACUGUAAAGAGUUAAGGAAAAUAUUUGAUACAAUAUAUUUAUUUCCUCUCGAACAACGUACAAAAGAAGGAUAUACCGUAAUAUUUGGGCGCCUUCGCGACACUGAUCCAGCCAAUUAUAACUACAACGAUCACAUGAAAUACCUUACCAUGAAUAUGGAUUUGUGGUCGUAUGGGACAGGUCCUAUUGUCGGCCACGUUAUUUGUUUCGAUGUCGCCAACUUGGCGCUUGGCCACGCUGCUCGCGUGAGCCCGUUAGGCCUUAAAAAAUUCCUGUAUUAUCUGCAGGAUGGCAUGCCCGUGCGAUUGAAAAGUUUGCACUUCGUAAACAUGAGCUCUAUCAUGGAAAUAAUUAUAAACAUGGCGAGACCUUUUAUGAAAAAAGAGCUUUUAGAUGUGAUGCAUUGUCACACAUCAAUGGAAUCCGUGGAAAAGUUUUUACCAUUAGAAAUCUUCCCAAAUGAGCUGGGUGGUAAGGCUGGAGCUCUUGAGGAUCUUCACAAAGCACGAAUCAAAAAAAUUGAAAGCUGUCGUGAUUGGUUUCUGGAAGAGCAGGAAAGUGCUCGAGUCGACGAGAGCAAACGGCCCGGAAAAGAAAAAACAGCCACGGAUCUUUUUGGCGUUGAAGGAAGCUUUAAAAAGCUCGACAUUGAUUGAGAAGAAACAAGAUGUUUGUGUAAAAUCAUUUUACUGUUAUUUCUUGCUAUUGCAUGUACUACAGUUAUCGAAUUUGGCGUGGUUUCUACUAUAUUUCUACGAUUUUUUUCACAUUGUCAUUUUCUUUAAAAUAGUGGAAAGAUUUUGCACGAGAAAUAUUUUUGUAGACGAUAUUAUAAGUACAAAUGCAUAAUAAAGAAACACAAAUGUAUG